UUCAAAGUAGAGGAUAAUGUUCUCCAAAGUUCUUAUACUAGUGGUAGUGUUUCAGGCUAGUCUAGGGGUUUCAGAACUACCAGGAGUUCGUAAGCAUAGCACGGAAAUUAUUCAACCUGCGCGUGUUGAUUUUAUCGAUUGCGAUGAUCAAUUUCGCUUUGGAUGCGACAAUUGCAACCAUGCAGUGGUUUGCCUUGGAAGUAGUAAUCGGAUUUAUGUGGAUUGCAGCGUAACGCCGGCUACACCUUACUGUAAUGACGGUCAAUGCUCUUCCGUUCCUAAUGAAUAUUGCUCAUUUCAACCUCAGAGCAUGUUUUGUACAGAAGAAGGAGUAUUCCCAGAUCCGAGAUCGUGCGGAAUUUAUCAUUACUGUGAAAAGAAAAACUAUCAGUCCGAUGUAUACGAAUGUCCGGAGGGAUAUGUUUUCAAUUACCUCACCGGUUUGUGUAAAAUCGGCGACUCCCCGUCAGAUUGUGAAGUGGUCAAAUGCCCUGCUGCCAGUGGAUUCGGAACAUAUGGUACCAGUAAGACCAUCUAUGCCUACUGUGUUUAUUCGAAUUUUCCAGCAAGUGUCACAAACAUAUACAUGUACAAGUGUCCUAAUAAUACGAGUUUCAAUGGUUCUAAAUGCGAGUAUGAGUGCACCACGGAAGGCAAUUUUGAAAAUACACAAGAUAAGUCAACUUACUUCCGGUGCUCCAUAUCCGGCAAUCGAUGGAACUCUCAACUUUUGAAAUGUCUCACGGGUAAACUGUUCAAUGCAACCAGGCAGAUUUGUGUUUCCCAGUUUCGUAGUACCACGAAGGAGACUUGGAAACCACAGACCGAAGUAACUACUGUGAAAAAUGAAACAUACUGAUUAAAAUAUUUUUUCUUCUUAUCUUAUUGACAACACACUACUGUUGUUUCUUAAAAACAUAUUAUGUACCAUACUAAAAACUCUC